CGCCGCUCCGCCCGGGUCGCGCCGCGGUCCGCUCCAACCGGUUGCCCCGCAGCACCGGGCAGUAUUGGUGGAUCGCGCGCGACGGCCGCACCGCACGACGAACGCCGCGCGUAUAGCACACGAUCCGUGUCCCGCACGCAAAUGUCCACGCGCUCGACCACGGUGUCCGCGGUGGUCCACGCACGUGCGCCAACAACAGCGGUCACGGUGCCGCGGUGCCAGUCUCCGAGGCGACAACGUGUUGUUCCCGUAUCGCGCACACGUACCGGCUAGUGUACGCCGGCGAUCGAUCGUUUUGUUUUUCGCUCGUCCGAACGUUUUCCGGACAAUCGCUACUUUCGCUCUCGUCGUCCGCGCGGUUCCGGUUGGUCGGCACCGCAGCGGUGGUACUAUGGACGUGCUGAUCGUCAAGGUCGAGGACAAAGACAGGAAAAAGGCCAACAGCUAUAACAACAACAACAACAACAACAACAACGACGACGACGACGACGGUUGCAGGAAGAACAGCGGAGGCGCAGCGACGGGCAAAACGGCGACCGCGGUGACGGGCGUGCCGGCGGGCGUCGUCGCCACCGGCAGGUCCGAGAAACCCCCUUACUCGUACAUAGCGCUCAUCGUCAUGGCCAUACAGAGUUCGCCGGUCAAGAGGCUCACGCUCAGCGAGAUAUACGCUUUCCUCCAGCACAGGUUCCCGUUCUUCAGAGGCUCCUAUCAGGGCUGGAAAAAUUCGGUGCGACACAACUUGUCGCUGAACGAGUGCUUCAUCAAACUACCGAAAGGACUGGGUCGGCCGGGCAAGGGCCACUACUGGACCGUGGAUCCGGCAUCGGAGAUGAUGUUCGAAGAGAGCUCGUUCAGACGACGGCCCCGGGGAUUCCGUCGCAAGUGCCAGCAGAAGUCGGUCGUUCCUAUGGUCGGCAGUGGCGGCGGCGGCUACCAGACUUCGCAAUAUCACCAGCACCUCCACCAUCACCAUUAUCACCAGAAUCUGCAGCAGCAGCAGCAGCAGCAGCAGCAACUCGGUCUCGGUCAACUGCAGCAACAGCACCCGUCCGGCCAAGAGAUUCAGCGUCCCGCCGGGCACGAGAUGCAGCCGCAACAACAGCUUCAGUCACUACCACCGGCCCCGGCACAGCAGCGACCGCAUCAACCACAGCCGCAUCAACCGCAACCACAUCAACCGCAACCGCAACAACCGCAACCGCAGUCGCAGUCGACCGUGCCGUGUUAUCUGCACGACCAGUACGAUUACAAAGAUGCUGCGGCAGCAAUGGUCGCCGGGUACCAGCAUCAGGACUUCAGCGCGUCCGGUGGUGACGGCGGAUAUUGCAGAAACGAUCUGCAGUUGGAUCAUUUCGCUGCCAGCUUUUGGCAAAGUCAAAAGUCCGAAGUCUACGGCGGCCCUGGCGCAGGCGGCACAGGUGGUUACCAGGAACAGUUCGACUACGGCUGCCAGUACAACUUGUCGCACGAUAACGGUUAUAACACGGCGGUCAUGAGGAGAUCGGCGGCCGCCACGGGACAGAUCCAACAGCCCGUCAUGGACAACAGCAUAAGCGCCGGCAACGGACUACCACAGCACAUAAGUCUCCACCACUACUACGAUUGCCCCAAGUUUUGUUGAGUUCGUGUUGUACGCGCGCGGCGUAAAUCCGGUGUUCGCGACUGUUAAGCGUCUCCAAAGACCGUAAUGGGUUUUAAUAUGAAAUACCGCACGACUUGUAUCAAACUGAAUAGAUCGAAUACAUUUGAAUAAAACAACGUGUGAUUGUUGUGUGUUCGACGGGACGUAAAAUAAUAUUAUCAUGACCACAUUACGAAAUGUAUUUAACAUCAAAACGGAUAAUCGAAAUAUGUAAAGGGAUGAAAAGUCAUGCGCAUAUUUAUAAGCAAUACAUACAUGUAUACAUAGUUAUCUUUAAUUUCUAAUUAAUUUUUAUCGUAACGUCAGAAUCUGAAAACAUUUGUUUAAAGCGUUUCAUCGACUUCACGUUGCGUUGUAGCGAUGGAAAAAAACCCUUUUAUUAUUUCUUUUAUUUUCUUCUGAAAACUUUUAAAGUAACCAUUAUUAUUUUGAUAAGUAAAACACAUAGGUUUGAAUGAACUUUUCUUUAUUACAAUUUCAAUUUUGAUACGAAAAACGAAGUAAUAAAAUACUAAAGAUA